ACAUUAGCUAAUAUUAUUAUCCGUUCUUCAAACUUCUAAUGGCUAUCGGAUCGAACUGCCUCCGAUUUGUUUUGUAUUAUAUUAUAAGAUUGUAAGAUAAAAUGACACCAAAUUGAGUUUUGUUCAUCGUUUGUUGUCUACAAAGUGUUACACACACCAAGAAGCCAUGACUUGUGUAUACAAGAAUCCCAAUGAACCCAUUGAAGCUCGUGUGAAGGACCUUCUUUACCGGAUGACUCUCAAGGAGAAGAUUGCUCAGAUGGCUCAAAUUGAGCGCACUGUUGUUACCCCUUCUGCCAUUAGAGAUCUCUCCAUUGUGUUGUUUUCGAUUGGACCCUUCUUUGGCGUUCGAUUAUAUGUGCAUUUUAUAGGGAGCAUACUCAGUGCUGGAGGCAGUGCACCUUUCGAAAAUGCUCUGUCAUCUGAUUGGGCUGAUAUGGUGGAUGGAUUUCAAAAAUUAGCUCUACAAUCGCGACUGGGAAUACCUCUCAUCUAUGGGAUUGAUGCAGUUCAUGGUAAUAACAGCGUCUAUGGUGCUACCAUAUUUCCUCACAAUGUUGGCCUUGGAGCUACUAGGGAUGCAGAUUUAGCUCGGAGAAUUGGAGCUGCUACGGCACUUGAAGUUAAAGCAAGUGGAAUGAACUAUAAUUUCGCUCCUUGUGUAGCGGUUUGCAAAGAUCCUAGAUGGGGAAGGUGCUAUGAGUGUUACAGUGAGGAUACUGAAAUAGUCAGAAAGAUGACUUCCAUUGUUUCAGGUUUGCAGGGCCAGCUACCAGAAGGACAUAAACAUGGAUACCCUUUUGUAGCUGGAAGGAACAAUGUUAUUGCUUGUGCCAAGCAUUUUGUUGGAGAUGGAGGUACUCAUAAAGGUGUGAAUGAGGGAAAUACUAUAUUAUCUUAUCAAGACCUAGAGAGAAUCCAUAUGGCACCUUACUUAGACUGCAUUUCCCAGGGAGUUUCAACCAUUAUGGCAUCGUAUUCUAGCUGGAAUGGACGCAAACUCCAUGCUGACCAUUUUCUUCUAACUGAAAUCUUGAAAGAUAAGCUAGGUUUUAAGGGUUUUGUGAUUUCUGAUUGGGAGGGACUUGACCGACUUUGCCAACCUCAUGGAUCAGAUUAUCGGUACUGCAUCUCCACUGCCGUCAAUGCUGGAAUUGAUAUGGUGAUGGUGGCUUUCAGAUUCAAAAUAUUCAUUGAAGAGUUGACUUCUCUAGUUGAAUCAGGGGAGGUACCAAUAAGCAGAAUUGAUGACGCCGUUGAGCGAAUUUUGAGAGUAAAGUUUGCUGCUGGUCUUUUUGAAUUUCCUUUAAGUGACAGAUCUUUGUUGGAUAUAGUUGGUUGCAAGCCACACAGAGAUCUAGCACGUGAAGCAGUUCGGAAGUCCUUGGUUCUGUUGAAAAAUGGAAAAGAUCUUAGCAAACCUUUUCUUCCGUUGAACAGGAAUGCUAAGAGAAUCCUUGUUGCAGGAACUCAUGCAGAUGAUCUUGGAUAUCAAUGUGGAGGUUGGACUAAAACUUGGUAUGGAUGUAGUGGGAGGAUCACAGUUGGGACAACAAUCUUGGAUGCUGUUAAGGCAAGUGUGGGAGUUGAUACCGAAGUUAUACAUGAAAAGUAUCCAUCAAAGGACACCAUAGAACAUAAUGAAUUCUCCUUUGCAAUUGUAGCUGUUGGUGAAGCUCCAUAUGCUGAGACCUUGGGUGACAAUUCAGAGCUUACAAUACCCUUCAAUGGAGCUGAUAUUAUAAGCUUAGUUGCUGACAAAAUCCCUACUCUAGUUAUUCUGAUAUCUGGUAGAGCUUUAGUGUUAGAGCGAUGGCUAUUGGAAAAGAUAGAUGCUCUUGUUGCUGCUUGGUUGCCAGGAAGUGAAGGAGAGGGAAUCACAGAUGUUAUCUUUGGCACUGAUGACUUCAAAGGUAAACUACCAGUGACUUGGUUCAGAAGAGUUGAACAGCUUGAUCAGCCAACUGAUGGAAUUAAUUCAAGCGCACCCUUAUUUCCUCUUGGAUUUGGGCUGACAUAUAAGUAGGAGAAUUUAAUUUUACAUGAAUAUGUGCUAAAAUACCCCUAAGAUAGGCCAAGAACUUAAUAUAUGCAGAUUGUGAAUAAUGCUUGGCUUCCAUUUUAGUUAAUCACUUGGUCUGUUUCAAGUGAGAUGGGUAGAAAAUAUUGUAAAGCUUAUAUAUUUAAUAAAAAUUACUAUAUCAUAUUAU